CACCCACCUUCUCCUCACCACCCUCACCCUCAAGCCAUUCGCCACUUAUUCACAAUACAACUAGGAAGCAUCCGAGCCACAUCGAUCCAAGGAAACAUGAGUUCCUCCAGUUGGAGCCACGAGAUCAAGUCCCCGGUCCCUGCCGCUAGGCUGUUCAAGGCCGCCGUCCUCGACUGGCACAACCUCGCCCCUAAGCUCGUCCCCGACAUCAUCGUGAGUGCCGCCGGCAUCGAAGGUGAUGGUGGUGUUGGCAGCGUGAGGCAGUUCCAAUUCUCCUCAGCAAUGCCUUUUAGCUACGUGAAGGAGCGCCUGGACUUUGUGGAUUUUGACAGGUUUGAGUGCAAGCAGAGCCUUGUCGAAGGUGGCGAUAUUGGGACCAAGAUUGAGUCGGCAUCUUCCCAUUUCAAGUUCGAGCAGAGCAGCAAUGGAGGGUGUGUGUGCAAGGUGGUUGCAACCUACAAGCUUUUACCUGGAGUCGAGGUCAAGGACGAGAUAACAAAGGCAAAGGAGACACUGACCGGGAUCUUCAAGGCAGCUGAAGCCUACCUCCUGGCCAACCCUGCUGCCUAUGCCUGAUGUGCUUGUGCUUGUCUUCGCAGUAGUGCCUUCUGAUGUGUUGAGAACAAGAAUAAGCAACUGCGUUGAAGAGACUGUGAGACUGUUUGGUUGAUUUUAUGUCGCCUUUUAAACUUUUUCUUACCAAGAAUUGAGCGUGACAUGAGAGUUUGACUUGGAAAACUCAUUCCACAAUAAAGAAGUCUAAAUGAAAGGCUUUAAUUUA